UUCAACGGCAGUGUCAUGGCGACGUACGGGGGCAGUUUUGAAAGUGUUAACAGCAUCGAAGACCGAAAAGAAUACAAACGUAAAGCCAGGGAGGAGGUUAUUCAGAAGGCGAAGCAGCAGUAUGAGAAGGAGGAGAAGAGGAAGGAGCUGAAGAGACAGAGAGGAGAGGACACCUGGAUGCUCCCUGAAGUUGACCUCCGACUGCAGCAGCUAGAACAGGAGGUUUCAGGCAAGAAGAAGAAAGAGAAAAAGGCCAAGAAGAGUAAGAAGAGUAAGAAGAAGGAGGAGAAGAAGAGAGCUGAAGGAGGAGAUGGGUCCAGCUCAGAGGGGUCAGGAGAUGAGUGGGUUGAGGCCCAGCCCCAGACAGAGGCCUCGGGUAAAGCCUGGAAGAUUCCUGCCAAGUCCGAGGCCAAGCCCACAGACAACAGCCCUACCCCACCCGAGAACAACCAGCGAGAUGAGUGGAUGACCUUUGACUUCUUGGCAAUGAGAACAACGUCAACAGCAGAGAAGAGGGCUGAGAAAGAAAGGCUGAAAGAUGAAGAGAAACAGAAGGCCCGGGUCAUCGAGCAGGCUGGUCUGCACAAGCUGGAGUUGAACCCGUUCUGGAAGGAUGGGGGGAGUGGCCUGCCCCCAGAAGAGAAGGCCAGUAAUGUGCUUACAAAAGCUGCAACUGUAGAUGAUGGAGGACUAGGUUGGCUCAGGAAGUCUUACCAGAGGAUGAGAGAGCAGGCGGAGCGAGAGCAACGCAGUCUGGAGGUCAUAGUGGCAGAGCGAUAUGGGUCCUUGGAGAAGUUUCAGAAGAGGAUGGAUGAGGCUGAGAUUGCUGUGUAUGGCUACAAGAGAGGAGAGGGGAAAGGAAGAGGGAGAGGAGAGGAUGAGGGUAGAGACCGAGUAAGAUGGAGGAGAGGACAGGAAGAUGGAGUGUCAGCACCUGCUCCGGCCCGAGCUUCCAUGGGUUUCCUGAAACCUGGGUCUGACAAUGAGGAGUCGGAUCGGAAGAGCAGCGGUCCGGCCUGGAGCAAGAGCAGCUCCAGACAGAGAUCUGCUUCAGGAAAAUCGGAGCAGGAUAAAGAGAGGGAGUCUGGGAAAACCAUGUCCACUCCUGACCAGGGUCAUAGCAGCAACAGGCCUGCAGUGACAUCAUCCAGGUCUGACAGCAGUAGUGACAGUUUGAGUGAGGAGGAGGAAGAGGUACCGAUCCUCACAGAUGAAGAGAUGAACAAACUGGGGGCCAGGCUGGUGAAGGCAGAGAUUAUGGGUAACACGGCUCUGAUGGAGAAACUGAAGAUCCAGCUGGAAUCAGCCCGUAAAGCCAAGGAGAAUCGUGCCGCACAGCAACCUGGGAAAUCAGACAGGGCUCCAGGUCAAACAGAGGAGGACCAGGAAGUACUUCUCUUCAGAACAGACCAAUCGGGUCGCGCCUGGCCGGUUAAUGCCUCUUCGGAACCCCAGGAGCCCAGAGGAGGACGUAGGAAAAAGAAGGCGAUUGAGACCCACAGGGAUGGGGAGCGUAUGAGAUACUUCCAGGAUGAUGACAGUGUGGGUCUUCAUGAGAUGGUCCGCAGGGAGAAGAUGAGCUCUGCAGAGGACCAGAAUUCCCUCUACGCACGCAUGGCUGGCAAGAUGAUGGGGAAGACAGACGACGACAACUACACCCUGGAUGACAUGUUUGUUUCCAGCGUGGCUCAGAGAGAGGGUGAGGGGCGAGACGAGGAGAGGAUGAGGAGCAGAGCCAUAGCGGAGCACAGGCGACUGGCCGUUACCAUGGAGAAAUGCCGUCACUGCUUCAGCAACCCUGAGCUCCAGAAACACCUGCUCAUCGCCAUAGGAACCAAGGUGUAUCUGAGCCUGCCUGGAGGUGUGUCUCUGACAGAGGGUCACUGUCUGAUCACUCCACUGCAACACCACUGCUCUGCCACUGGAUUGGACGAGGACGUGUGGACCGAGAUCCAGGUGUUCCGCAGGGCGCUGGUGCAGAUGUUUGAGUCUCAGGAUCAGGACUGUGUGUUUAUGGAGACCCACAUGAACCCAAAGAGACGCCAGCACAUGGUCCUGGAGUGUAUCCCUCUACCCAGAGAACUGGGAGACAUGGCUCCUAUCUACUUUAAGAAAGCCAUCAUGGAAUGUGAUGAGGAGUGGGCGAUGAAUAAGAAGGUUGUGGAUCUCUCCUCCAAAGACAUCCGCCACGCUGUGCCGCGGGGUCUGCCAUAUUUCUCAGUAGACUUUGGUCUUCAGGGGGGCUUUGCUCACGUCAUUGAAAACGAACACAAGUUCCCCCACUACUUUGGCAAGGAGAUAGUUGGGGGGAUGUUGGACGUGGAGCCGAGGAUAUGGAGGAAGUCCAUCAGAGAGAACUUUGACGACCAGCGGAAGAAAGUCCUUGAGUUCUCCCAGUGGUGGAAACCCUUUGACUGCAACAAGACGGACAGCUGAACCAACCAACCAACACAUCUCAAUAAUCCCCUAGCCCCUGCAAAUAUACAGUAGAUGUAACUGCAAGCCCUAUGGCGUUAGCCGCGCCUUGUCUUCUGAGACGAAGACUCUGUCUGCUUUGUAAUCCUCUGAUCCUGUCAACACAUUGUUUUACUCUGAGAUUAUUCUGAUUAAAUAUGGGCAGAAGGCCAUAAAAUAACUAUUUUAAAAUCUGAUGUACAAUUGUUGUGUAUGUUGGGAUACGUUGUUUUACCCUCUUAAAAAGAAAUGAUUAUGAUG